AUGGAGAGGCUGGCCAUGGCACCCCUGGCCUUCCCAUGCCCCCGGAUACCACGGGCCCACAUCGCCAGGCAGCCGGGGCACUGUGCCAGGCACUGGGCAGAGCUGGGCUGCAGCUCUGGCUCCUCCUCAGUCCAAAUGAAUCUGCUUCCCCAGAAGAGUCUCCCACAGCCACACCCUGCUCACUGCCCCCGUUCCCGGCUGUCCUCAGCCCAAAGCUUGUCCAUGGAUGGCUUCUGGACGGAGCUGGAGCGGAUCCAACAGCAGGAAGAGCUGAAAGAGGAGGACAGUGGUGGGAGUGAAGGCUGGCUUCCUGAGGGAGAAGCUGAAUCCCAGUGGCUGCAGGACACAGGCCUGUGGGACCUCCUUGAUGGCCUGGGUGCAAAUGGUGACUACCAGAAGCUCUUGUCCACCCUUACACGGACCCAGGUGGCCGCUGUGUGCCGCAGGCUGGACGUCUAUGCCCGCUCAACCCGAAGACGACACAAAACGCCUGUCAGAGAUGUCAGAGACAUCUUUGGAGUCUUUGAUUCAGGGGUAAGUGGCAUGAGGAAAUCACAGCAUGGGAGUCACAGCAGACCCUGUCUGCCCAGGGUCUCUGUGAUGCCAUCACAACCUGAGAGAGACACCGGAAGGGCGGAAGCCUUCAGUAUGGACUCCGCCUACUCGGAGCAAGUACCAGCACUCCUGCAGAGGGGCAGGCCGACCCUGGGAGGCGCCUAUGCCCUGGACAAAGGCUCCCUGCCGAAGUUUAGAAUCUCCAAGGGCAGACUUGGCGUGACAAGGAUAGGAGACCUGUCCUUGCAGGACAUGAGGAAGAUCCCUCCAUUGGCUCUUAUAGAGCUGACAGCGCUCUGUGACACGCUGGGCCUGGGCCUGAAGAGAAGCAAGGCUGCAAAGCGGAGAGCAACAGAAACUCGCCUUUUCGGUGUGCCCCUUGAUGCCUUGCUGGAAGCCGACCGCCACGCCCUCCCCAGCACCCAGGUCCCACUGGUCCUUCAAGCUCUGCUGUCCUGUUUGGAAAAGAGAGGGCUGGACAUGGAAGGCAUUCUCAGGGUGCCGGGAUCCCAGGCCAGGAUCAAGGAGCUGGAACAAAAGCUGGAGAGAAACUUCUACGCUGGUCUUUUCUGCUGGGAUGAAGUCCAUCACAACGAUGCGUCUGACUUGCUCAAAAGGUUCAUCCGGGAGCUCCCGGCCCCACUGCUCACAGCCGAAUACCUUCCAGCCUUCUCUGUGGUACCAGACAUCCCCAGCCUGAAGCAGCGCCUCCAGGCUCUCCACCUGCUCAUCCUACUCCUCCCGGAACCCAACAGAAACUCCUUGAAGGCACUCCUGGAGUUCCUCAGGAAGGUGGUGGCCCGGCAACAGAGCAACAAGAUGACGCUGUGGAAUGUGUCCACGGUGAUGGCCCCUAGUCUCUUCCUGCACCAAGGAUGGGCCCUCACAGUCCCCAAGGGCAAGGAGAAGCGGCUGGCCGAGGGGGCAGCGGAGGUGGUACAGCUGAUGGUGCACUACCAGGACCUGCUGUGGACGGUCGCCUCCUUCUUGGUCGCCCAGGUGCGAAAACUGAACGACAGUUGCAGCCGGCGCUCCCAACUCUGCGACGGGGGUCUUAAGAUUUGGCUGCGAAGGAUGCACGUGGACCAAGACAAAGCAGGGAAGGGGUCAGGGGAGAUCCCCAAAGUGGUGAAGAUCCAGGUGGCCUGUCCUGUGAAGGACCCCAUGGACGUGCUCCUGACCCCCAGCAUCAAAGUCGCUCAUGUGCUGAGGCAGUUCUCAGAGCAAUGCCGCCCUGGGUCACAGGGCCAAGGGGGCAGCGAGGACAAGCACAGCCUCCUUUCUUGCAACAGGUCCAGGGAGUCAGCUGACAUCUUCCUUUAUGAAGUUGGAGGGAAUAUCAGUGAGCAUCGCCUGGACCCAGAUGCCUACCUCUUAGAUCUAUACCAUGUCAACCCCCAUGGUGAGUGGGUCAUCAAACAGAGUCCCACCUAA